AUGAACCAUUUGAGCAUUCCGUUAUUGAACAUCAAACACGUAGAAGAUCAUCAUGUAAUAAAUAGACUGUAUGAGCUUGUAGAAAAAGAACCCAGAAAGUUGCGCAAAAAAACAUGCAAUGUGAAUGGUCAGCCAUGGACGAGUUGGACCAUGCAAGAACACAUCUAUAAGAAACAGCCCGACUGUUACCCCACUCAAGCACGAGGCCUAUUUACAACUACUGUCGAUGAUCAAUAUCGUAUUAUGGUGCGUGGCUAUGACAAAUUCUUCAAUAUUGGCGAAACCAAAAUCACUCAGUGGGAGGACCUGGAAAAAGAAACCGUCGGACCCUAUGAGGUGACGGCCAAGGAGAAUGGUUGCAUUAUCUUUAUUGCGGCUGCCUCCCCUGACGCGGUGGUUGUCACCUCCAAGCAUACCAUUCCAGAUCCCAAAGAUGAUGCCAAUGCUCACGGCGGAGUCGGUUAUCGAUGGCUGCUACAGCACCUAAAUUCGGUCAACAAAUCCGAAAGCGAGCUUGCGCAGUGGUUAUACCAACAUCAACUGACAUUGGUAGCCGAGUUGUGUGAUGAUGAUUUUGAGCAGCACAUCUUGCCGUACACAAAGAAUGAGCGCGGACUUUAUCUCCAUGGUAUCAAUUACAACACAUCGAAACUGCAUACCUUGCCGAGCGACACGGUGCGAUCGGUAGCCAAAGAGUUGGGAGUGCACCCCAUUGAUUACGAAGUCCUGCCUAAUCUGGAGGCUGUGAAAACUUUGUCUGAUACGGUGCAGAAAUCUGGUUUGUACCGGAACCGAGAAGUGGAAGGUCUGGUUGUCAAGGAUGGGGUGGUGAGCACGCGAGAUCGACCAUUGAGAUGCCAUUAUGAAAAGACAAACUACUACGUUGCAUGGCUGCAAGAGCGUGUCAAGGACCACCCCGAAUGGUUUAUAGAAUUCAAACAAAACAAGGGCAUCAUUGAUGUCCGCAGACGAUUCGAACAAUUUUGGGAGCAAGGAAAUUUAACACUCCACUCAGAGGAACAAUAAAAAAAAUUGUGCCAGACAUAAAACACAUGUUGAAUGCGUGAGGAAAUGAAUCGUCCACCAUGACAGAAUACCGAUUGCAGUUAUUACGUGCUAAACUUGCCCAUCAAGGCUUUGAUAUGUCGGAUCGAAUGAAGCAGGCCAUGAGCAGCACCGGUCAACGUGAGCCAGGUAAGGUUUUCGACAUGGCAUGGCUCGUCGAUUCCUUCAUUGCAGUCAUGACUCAGUGUCGUGUUUAACUCCCUUCUUGUGUGCUAGUGGCCAAGCCGUGGCUCUCUCGUAUGCCUGUGGGCGAUAAACCUGUGAUUAUA